AUGGGUGAUUCACAUGCUCAUGAUAAUGAAGAAGACAACAAUAAUGUUUUUCUUGACGACUCUGAUAUCAUCCACGAAGUUGCCUUGGACGAUGAAGUUCUUCCAGAAGCUAGUGACUCUAUUCGCGACUUCAAUUCGGACUCUGAUUCCGAAAUUGAGGAGGUUGAUGACUCUGAUCACAUAUUCACCGGUCAUACUGGGGAAUUAUACGCAGCUGCAUGCAGCCCAACGGAUAUGGCACUGGUGGCAACAGGAGGUGGUGAUGAUAAAGGAUUUCUCUGGCAGAUCAACAAUGGAGAUUGGGCUUUUGAACUUAAUGGUCAUACCGAUUCUGUAUCUAGUUUAGGUUUUAGCCACGAUGGAAAGUUUCUCGCAACAGGAAGUUUUGACGGAACUGUUAAAAUCUGGGAUGCAGCUGGAAACCUGAAAGGCACACUUGAUGGACCUGAAGGGGGUGUUCAGUGGCUCAGGUGGCAUCCCAGGGGAAACGUGCUCAUUGCUGGUUUUGAUGAUUCCUCCACUGUUUGGAUGUGGAAUACGGAUAAUUUAGCCUUCCUUAUGUCAUUUAAUGGUCAUGCUAGCAGUGUCACAUGUGGUGAAUUUACUCCCGACGGGAGAAUAAUAUGUACUGGUUCUGACGAUGCAACCUUGAGAAUAUGGAACCCAAAAUCUGGAGAAAGCAUUCAUAUUGUGCGAGGUCAUCCAUACCAUACUGAGGGAAUAACAUGUUUAGCAAUAAAUUCGACUUCAACUAUUGCUCUUACUGGUUCCCUGGAUGGAUCUGUGCAUUUUGUGAAUAUCACUACCGGAAGAGUUGUUAGUUCUGUGCCAUCUCAUUCAAGUUCCAUUGAGUGUGUUGGGUUCGCACCAAGUGGUACUUGGGCUUUAAUUGGAGGCAUGGAUAAAAUGACCAUCUGGGAUAUGGAGUAUUCCUUAGCCCGAAGCACUUGUGACCACGAGUAUGGAGUAACAUGUUUGACAUGGCUUGGUGCAUCAUAUGUGGCUACUGGAUCUAUGGAUGGAGCUGUGAGAUUAUGGGACAGCCGGUCUGGUGAAUGUGUCAAAAUGUUCAUAGGGCACUCUGAAGGCAUUCAAACUCUUUCUUUGUCUGCUAAUCGUGAGUACCUUGUCUCGGCGUCUUUAGAUCAUACAGCCCGUAUUUUUGAGGUUAAAGAUUUCUGUUAA